CCUGGGGGAAACACUGAAAACCAUAUAAAACUGUAACCCAACACGGCGAUCCAAGAUGAUUCCUUCACGUCAAUGGUUCAAAAUCCCAACACAUUGUGCAGCCGCCUCCGCGGACAGAGUGUUUGGCCUGCAGUCGGCCGGGAUCCAGGCUGAGCUGUCUCAGGGGGGAGUGGAGCUGAAGCUGAUCCACACGUCAGAGAUGGGUCUCAGCGUGUUCGGGCAAGACUUGCUGCCUCACUUUGCAUUUUUUACAUCCUCCUCAUUCUGCACAGGAACCUCGGAGCGACUCUAAUUGCUACGAGUGCCUGACAUGCUUUAUUAAAAAACAUGAGAAUGCAGGACAAGGCCAACCGGGGUUCCCGAAAGGAAUCAUUCGGAGAGAUCAGCGAUCGGCAUAUGCGUCAGCCUCAAGGUGAGAGGAACGCAGUGCAGAAGAGAACCUUCGCCAGGUGGAUGAAUGUGGUUCUGCAGAGAUGUGAUCCUCCGCUUGAAGUGCACGACCUGUUCAUAGACAUUCAGGACGGCAGAAUACUCAUGGCCCUGCUGGAGGAGCUGACUGGGUGCAAACUACUUUACAGGUUCAGGUCGAGUUCACACCGCAUUUUCAGACUGAACAACAUUUCCAAGGCCCUGGCUUUCCUGGAUGAUAGACACGUGAAGCUGCUUGGCAUCGAUGCCUCCGGCAUUGCUGACGGCGUCCCCUCUGUUGUUCUUAACCUUGUCUGGAUCAUCGUCCUGCACUUCCAGGUAAAGGGGGUGACGAGAGGCCUCCACAGGCUUUUGUCUUCUAGCCUCUCUUCCUUAUCGGCGAGCAGUUAUCCCUCCGCCGGUGACCUCUGUCUCCAGCCAAAUGACAUUGGCAGCUACUCUCGCAACACCCUGCCAAGCAAAGGCAGAAAGGCUGCCAGGGAGCCAAAGUACCAUGGGAAAGCAAUCAAGACUCUCCUGCAGUGGGUCCAGAGAUGCACAUCAACGUUUGGGGUGGAGGUACAUGACUUUGGGAAGAGCUGGAGAAGUGGCCUGGCAUUCCUGGCCAUGAUUAAAUCCAUAAACCCAGACUUGGUGGACCUGAGGGAGAGCCUGUCCAGAGAGCCAAGAGAAAUCAUGCAGCAGGCCUUCACAGUAGCCCAUCACAGUUUGGACAUAACACCUCUGCUGGAGCCUGAAGAUGUGACAUGCACGUCACCAGAUGAGCAGUCCGUCAUUACCUAUGUGUCAAUGUUCCUGGGGCACUGUUCCGACAUUGAAGAGGAUCACACGACGUAUAUCGAAGUUCCUGAGAUCCCACACUUUGGCUCCCUCGAGUCAGUCAGCUCCGGAGAAACCCUCGCCGACAACGCAGAAGCUCAAGCAAUGCUCGGAGGCUUGGCGAAGAGCAGCGAGCAGCUACUGUGGAAACGCUGGUCCAGAACAUCCUCAGGGAGCGCCGGUGCCACCUCGCACCACACGAAUGAAGCAGCUGCAUCUGACGGUGACAUCUCUUCAUCUCGUCGUAGGCAAAGCAUCACUGAGCAAUCUGCAGGCGGUGUGGCCACCUCACCAUUCAACAAAAAAAGGGGAAGGCGUAGAAGCAAUUUACAGCCACCCAGUCCGCUGGACGCAGGCAUAGUCAGCCCGGAGAUCCGGUCGUGGAUGGAGAAAGGCACGGAUCGGCUCUACAGCAAGCCAAGAGUGGAUGAGAGCCACUUGUCUUUGAGCUCAGAGGAAGGAAUCUACAGCUUGUCAGUAUUGGACUCGGAUGAGGAGGAUGCCUACAGCUACAUCCUGGAUCUGAACAAAGAGGUUUUUCAGCCAUAUAAUCAGCCGAAAAGACAAGUACCGAGGGUCGAAGAGGAGACGGUGGAAGAAAUGAACGGAGAGUCAAAACAUCAAGAAUCAUGCCAGAUGUUAAAUGGAUGUUCACUUCAGGAAGGCCCCGUUGUUCAAAGGACAGAUGUAGAUCUAGAAUCUGAGGUCAGGGCUCAGUCGGGGGUUCCCAGGGAGUUUGGUGUGGACAAAAAUGGCACUAGUUUCAGAGAAGUGACAAGUAAUAGACCCGUGUUUGACAAGGAGCCAGAGGAUGAAAGCAGUCGGAAAGAGAAUCCCGAGGAGGGAGGAGUUGUUAGAGGACAGAUUAAUGAUUAUAGUGAUUAUGGUGAAGAAGAGACAGAAAAUGUUCGACUGGUGACACAUGGGUAUGAUGAAGCAGAGGCUCUGAUAGAUGAAGCGCAGAUUUUCAAAAUGGCUGGCAGGCAGAAAGAGGUCGAAGAAGACACUGACGAAGGGAUUUCUGUAAAAUGGGUUCAAGUCAGUGAGAAGAGAGUGUCAGACGAAGAGGAUGAAGAAAAUACCACGACAUUUGAGGUAGGGCGGGAUAGAAAGUUAGGGACAGGGAAAGGGGGGGAAGGUAACAUUACAAAGGAAGAGGUCAGAAACCAACAAAGAGUUGUGACCUUAGGGGGUUUCGCGGUAGGAGCAAAUGAAAAAAGAUCAACUGAUGAGGCUGUGUGUGUAGUCAGAGGUGGUGCUAGUAUUCAUUCAAAAGAAGAAAAUAACAAGACCGACACUGCACCCAAAAUGGAAGAUUUAACCAAGAACUGCGAUGACGGGAACACAGAGAAAUACACGGACAAAGUCCCAGAUUCAAUGGGUUUUCAGGCAGUUGAAACAGAAGAGGAAAAAGACGGGGGAUCGGGGAUUAGGAAAGGUAAACUAACUGACAAGACGACGACGACGACUACGAUAGAACAUCUGGGGGAAACUGCCCCCCAAAAGGACACUGACAUCCGUGCCGAUGAUAGCAGUUGGACUCCCGCCUGCCGUGCAACCGCCCACUCAUUCAGCGGCGAGGGAGGAUUCAUCCUUCAGUCUUUAGCCGCCUCUUGUGACAUAACCCCCUUAGAGCUGGAGAUGCUCUUGGUCCUGUGGAUCCUGCUCUACUGCUGCUUCAUCCUACCUCAAAUGAACCUCUGAGCCCCCCCCUGCUGUAAAACCUCCUUAUUAAGAUAUGCUUAUUAGCGCGGUUUCCACUAACGAGACCAAACAGGGACACUCAGGGCCCGUGCUGACUCUUUAUCUGUGUCGCUAAAUUUCCCUCAAGGCAACGUUUAAGGAUUAUGUUUACAUCUUGCCGCCAGCAGAUAUAAUUUGUCAUUUGGCCUGUAGUUUUCAGAUGAACUCACGUCGCCGUUCUCUAUUGUAACGCAGAUUUUCAGCUCCCUGGUCUUACACUGCACAUGUUAGACAUGGCUCGUGAGGUGUUUUGUUGCUGUGUGCAUGUCCAAACUGCUUUGUUUAUUUGAUGUAUUUUUUGUAGCAGAAACGCUCCACAUGGUGGCAUUGCAGCAUCACAGCGGCAGCUGUCCUGCAUGACCGACUGCAGUCUACACAGCGUUUUGCCGCCUGCUGCCGGGGUCCAUAGGGCCUGUUGUUUAAUUAGAAGCUGUAUUGACACAGUGAAAUUAAGCUCAUAAUAUUUAAUGAGCACUCUGACAUUUCCUAGACUCACUCACCGUGUCAAAAAUGAACAAUUUAGCCGUGUCUCGUGACAUUUUUUAUGGCUUUAAGAAUAAUAAAGCAGCUCUGUGUCAUGUA